AUGCAGGCUUGCUCCAUGCCUGUCUUUGAGAAUUUGAGCAAAUUGACGCUGCUUCGUGAUGGUCACUGGUGGAAAAUUCUAAUGAAGUUUCUUGAUAGAUCACCUAAUAUAGAAUCUUUUGUCAUAAACCAUGAGUCUUGUCCACCCACCCGCUAUCUUGCUGAGGAGGAAAAGGUGGUGAUUGACCUUACAGGCUGCAGGAGCAACCCAGAUUAUGUAGAAGUGCUGUACUGGAGUCCACCAGAGUCUGUUCCCAAGUGUUUGUUGUCAUCCCUCAAGACUAUCACCAUAAAGGGGUUCGAAGGAAAGGAGUUCUUUGGCUAUCUAGAUGAGAUGGAAUUGAUUAAGUAUCUGUUAAAGAAUUGUCUGGUUCUGGAGAAGAUGACUAUUUAUACUCCUGGUCUAUGUUGGGGUACACAAGAAGAAUUCUACAAUGAAAUUUCAGAAGCUGAAUGGGGUUCAAAGGCUGUUCAAGUUCAAAUGAUCAAGAAGGAAUUUUAUUGGGCUGAUGGAUUCUAUAGUUUAAGAGCUAAAAGUAUCUACUCCAAUGAUUAAUUAGUCGCUGGAAACUACCAGUUUAAUCCCCUUUCUUUCGUUUUUCUCUCUGUUCAUCUUAUGUCUUUUAUCGGUGGUAGCCAUCUUAAACAAACUUGGAUAUGUUAUCUUAUGUCUUAUGUCCUCUACCUCUGGAAUAUUUGUGUUAGCAAAUAUGAUUGUGUGUUUAUGUCUUGGUAAAAAUACUAUUUAUUAAAGAGAAUUUCAUCCGA